AUGGAGGCAUCACCAAACCCUGACAUGCCAACAAAAAGGAUUGAGAGGCAGAGAGAGCUUGAGGUGAGUCGACAACAAAUCCAGCAGAGAAUCCAGGACAGAGAGAAAGAUGUGAAGCUGCUUCAACAGGAGGUGGAGGCCGUCAGUCGCUCUGCUGAUAAAGCAGUGGAGGACAGUGAGAAGAUCUUCACUGAGCUGAUCCGUCUCAUCCAGAAAAGAAGCUCUGAUGUGAAGCAGCAGAUCAGAUCCCAGCAGGAAACUGAAGUGAGUCGAGUCAAAGAGCUUCAGGAGAAGCUGGAGCAGGAGAUCACUGAUCUGAAGAGGAAAGACGCUGAACUGAAGAAGCUCUCACACACAGAGGAUCACAUCCAGUUUCUACACAACUACCCCUCACUGUCAAAACUCAGUGCAUCUACAGACUCAUCCAGCAUCAAUAUCCGUCCUCUGAGCUUCUUUGAGGAUGUGACAGCAGCUGUGUCAGAGCUCAGAGAUCAACUACAGGACAUCCUGAAGGAGAAAUGGACAAACAUCUCACUGACAGUGACUGAAGUGGACGUUUUACUGUCAGAACCAGAACCCAAGACCAGAGCUGAGUUCUUAAAAUAUUCACGUGAAAUCACACUGAAUCCAAACACAGCAAACACAGAUCUCUUAUUGUCUGAGGGGAACAGAAAAGCAGAGCUAACGAGACAACGACAGUCUUAUUCUCGUCGCCCAGACAGAUUCACUCGAUGGUGGCAGGUCCUGAGUAGAGAGAGUCUGACUGGACGUUGUUACUGGGAGGUGGAGUGGAGAGGGGUAGAAGUUCGUGUAGCAGUCGCAUACAAGAAUAUC